CAAACUCUCAUUUAGGAGCUGUGAGUGGCUCCAUUAGUCUCCGGGCAGUCGCGUCGCUCCUUUCGGAGCUGCUGGCGGGCUGGCGGGCUGGCGUCUGGCGGGGCUGGGGAAGAGCUGCGCUGCUGAGGGCGGCGACUCGCAGUGCCCUUGGAAGAAGAUACUUCCAUUGACUUUAACAUCAGGCCAGCCUGGACCUCAGUUGUCAAAGGUGUUGUCAAUAAAGACAUAGAAGCAAAACUGGUAUAAGAGCAGAAUGAUCAUGGUGAAUCUGAAAGUGGUGGAGUAUUUGGACCCUCAGAUCAGUGCUUUGUGGGAGACAGAGGAGCCUGUGACAGAGUGGUCCAGUCAAAGUGAAAAAUCAACUCCCCAAACAGACAGUUUUGAACCUCAGAGCUUUUGCUGGCACUUCUGGAACUUCAGUUAUCACAAAGCAGCUGGACCCCGUGAGGCUGUCAGCCAGCUUCAGGAAUUAUGCCGUCUGUGGCUGAGACCAGAGAUCCACUCAAAAGAACAGAUCUUGGAACUACUUGUGCUAGAACAGUUUCUGACCAUUCUGCCAAGGGAGAUGCAAACUCAGAUACAGAAGCACUGUCCACAGAGCACCGAAGAAGCCGUGGCCCUGGUAGAGCACUUGCAGAGGGAAUCUGAUCAAAUAAGGAAUGGGAUUGUAAUCCAUGACCUGAGAAAGGAUGAAAUGCUUUUGAGAGAAACAACAGGUUCUGAGCUGAAGCCAUCAGAGUCUCAACCACAGGAAGUAUCUCAGGAUGAAGAAUUUUGGAGUACAUACCAGGGUCUACCAGAACAACUGAGCAGGCGUUCUCAUAAAGAAACUGAACCAUUACAUGAGAGUGCUGUGCCUGAUCAACAGAGUCUAGCCUUUCCUGAGCAGAUAAAUAACAAAGACUGGACAGUGGCUCCUGAGCUCAUUUUGCCUGAGUCCCAGAGCUUGUUAAAAUUUGAAGAUGUGGCCGUGUAUUUUUCCCAGGAAGAAUGGGAGUUAUUGGAUCCCUUUCAGAAGGUUCUCUACAAUGGUGUAAUGCAAGAAAACUAUGAGACUGUCAUCUGUCUGGCAUUAUCUGUGCUCCCCAAACCUAAAGUGAUUUCCUGUCUGGAACAAGGAGAAGAGCCAUGGGUUCAAGGAUCCUCAGAUUUGAAAGACAGUCCCAUAGUCUCUCCUGUAGGAUUAAAGCAAAAAAAUGACACUGAAAAUCAUCAGCUUGUAUAUCAUUCUGACUUGGAAAUGAAAACACCAAGUGUAGUAUCAAAAAAGUCCAAAGUAAAAGUUUCCCAGAAAGCAACAGUAAAACAGAAAUGUUGUGAUAUGCACAGAGUCGGGAAACGUCAACGAGAUUGUCCAGUGAAGAAAAGAAGGAAAUUUUCAACAUGGAAACAAGAGCUGCUAAGACUUAUGGAUCUUCACAAGAAAGACCAGGCAGGAGAGAAGCCUUUUAAAUGCCAAGAAUGUGGGAAAAGCUUCAGAGUUAGCUCUGACCUUAUUAAGCACCAAAGAAUUCAUACUGAAGAGAAACCUUAUAAAUGUCAGCAGUGUGAUAAGAGGUUUAGAUGGAGUUCAGAUCUUAAUAAGCACUUAACAACACACCAAGGAAUAAAACCAUAUAAAUGUUCAUGGUGUGGGAAAAGCUUCAGUCAAAAUACAAAUCUUCACACACACCAAAGAACUCAUACAGGCGAGAAGCCUUUUUCAUGUCAUGAAUGUGGAAAAAAAUUCAGUCAGAACUCCCACCUUGUUAAACACCAGAGAACACACACAGGUGAGCAGCCUUAUACAUGUAGUAUAUGCAAGAGAAACUUUAGUCGGCGGUCAAGCCUUCUUAGACACCAGAAACUCCAUGGAUGAAGAGAAGUUUGUUCAGUGUCCUCAUUCUGAAGAACAUCAUCAAAUGAAGCUUGGUUCUAAAGUCAAUGAAAAAAUGCAAAAUUAUGAAGCAUGAAAAAUUUUUGAUCAGAAAUUUUGGGGCUAUAAACAUGCUUCACAGAAAUCAAGAUUUGCUCUCUAGGGAAUAAGUUAAUUGUACUUCCUCCUAUUUUUGCUUCUACCAUCAGGGAAUUCCUUAGCAAAACAAGUGUUUUAAGAUCACUCUAAAUAAGGGGAAGGGCUGUUUUUGGAUUGUAUCUUGGAAAAUAGCAAUUUCAGCUUCAAAAGCAGAUGCAGCCAAUUGGUAGUCUCUGGUCACAGCAGUCAGUAAUAGUUUUGCACCAGUUUCGAUCUUGGAGCAGACAGAGUAGAAAUACUUGGAGCAUAGACUUCUAAAACAAAACAUUAACAUACAUUUAUAUGCAAACCAUAGUGGGGCAGGGAUAAAAUCUAGCAAAAUUUUCUAGAAAUUAGGAUUUCUUUUAUCUUUGGACUGUGUUCACAAGGUUGGACAUCAUUUGUGUUCUUAAAGUUUAGCAACUUCGCUUCUUAAGUUCUGUUAGCACAAUUCUUACUGUGUUGAAAUCAUAUUUCAACCCCAAGAAACCUGCCAGAUGCACAAUUUUAUGCCUCUCAUUUGCGGUGUUUGGAAAAUGAAAAACAUCCUUAAUGAGAUAUGAAAAUAGGUUGGAAUUUGUAGCCAUGAAUAUAGAUUAGAUGUAAAGAAUUUUAUGUAAUUUAAAAAGUCUAACACUAUUUCCUUACUUUUAUAAUGCCAAUAGGAAAAAACAGCCAUGAAAAUUAGCACUUAAUCAAGGCAUGCAUGAAAACUAGUGGGAAUUUAGAAUGAACUCCUUACAGUUUAUGUGUUUAACUUUUAAUGUGGCUUUUGUUUGUUACUGAGAACAAGACAAUUGUAUAAGAACUAUAAUAUAUUUAUGCUCUAAGCAGAGUUUGUGGCUUAGUUGACAUGGAGACCUGAGUAUCUAGUUAGCAGAUUAUGUUUCUAAAAGAAAAGGUCUGAGAACUGAUGUUUUAGGCAAGUAUGGGAAAUUCCACAUCAAUGUUUUAUUUCAUACUCAAAGUUCUUAGACUUUGUCUACCUGUAAUCUUCAGCACAAGUAUUUUAACAACCACCUCAGGUGAUAUAUUUUAUAAAUUGCUAAUUGUAUGUAUAGCCCGCAGAUUUCGGGUUUCAUAAUUCAGCUUUUUAGCUACCAGUGGCUUAGGUAUAGUCGUAGUAGAGCUUUAAGGUAUAUCAGGAAAGAGAUUGAAGAGACGGUCUCUUCUAAAUCUGUUCAGAAAUUUGUGUGUGUGUGUGUGUGUGUCUACCUGUGCACCACGUGGAAAUAAAAGGACAGCUUUCAAACACAGGUCAUUAGGUUUAUAGGUUUUCAGAACAAGCUCUUUUAUUUGCUGAGCCAUCUCUCCAGCCUUCUUAUAACUUACAAUUGAGGACAUUGAGGCUCAGAGCCGUAAGCAUGGAUUUGUUCCAUACACCGUCACUAGAGGGUUUAUUGGUUAUCACGUAGCUUAGGUAUAAAAGAAAGUUUAGUAGGAGCAGCAUGUUAUCCCUGAUCAAUCAACCUGAGUGACAUUGUAUCAUGUUCAUUUCUAGCUUAUAAAACAUUGCUAUUUCUUGAUUGAUUCCCAGAUAAAUAAUUUUAUUUGA